AUGAGUUCCUCAGCGGCACUGUCUGUUGCCACGGCCUCGAGAUCUGGUGUUACCCGCCCGGCCUUAUCUCAAUUAACGUCUUCCCAUGCCACUCAAAACCGAAAUAUAUGCCGCACUGCUCGCAACACGCAACUCGGUUCGCAGGAUACAUCAGAACAAAACAGACCCUUAGAAAAGUCCUAUCGUACCCGCCUCGCCAGUACCCGCUCCAGAUUCUUGGAUUUUUCCGGUGGCGGACAGAGGAGCUUUUUCGAAUCUGAACGUGAACAAAUGCUACAGCGAAUGACAAGCCUGAAAAGUCAUUUUUCCGAUCACCCCUUCGGUGCCAUUUUUGCGCAUCAAGUAGAUUUUCUCAAGCGAAUGGACAAACUUCACCAUGCCCGGCCAGGAUCACUGUGGUCGUACAUCGAUACUGAGCAGCCUACUCCCAAGUCUCAUGUCCCUCUCAAGGCUCACCUCCAAGAUUUCAACUUUGCUCACUCCCCGGAGAAUCCUGAUAUCACUCGAGAUGGUUCCAAAUAUGAUCCAAUUAGUGGUCGUAUGAUCCCAGAGCCACCCCAGCCUUCUGUUGACUGCACCCCUGGGGGUGAGAUAGAGGCGAAUCUUGUUCACGACCCAUCGUGUGUUGAUAUAGAUCAGUUCCGUUCAGUAUCUGCCCCUGAAGACAUUCUUCCUGACGCACCACUCACCCCCCAUGUGAUUGACUGUCCUCCUGGGAGCGAAUUAAAUGCCCUUUUCACGUCCAUCCCCAGCAGUUGCCAAGAUGUUUUGACCGAGACUGGAGCAUUCAAGAAGUCUACCCAAAGCCCCAAUAUCAACAUUGGGUGUCCUCCUGGUAAUGAGCUAGAAACUGCGUACAUCUCUGAAUCCGCUCUGACGGGUCCACCCCAAGCUGAGAGCUCGAAACCGUCAAGGCAUAUGAAGAAGCUAUCUGUCAAUGCCGGAGUGAGAUCCGGUGGCAAUGUUGAAUGUUCUCCUGGGUGUGAGUUGGAGGCUAUGUUCUCCUCCAAUCCUGCCCUUGGUGUGGCUCAAAUUUCCCCCUUGGAUAGUCACAAGAUGGAUCCUCCAGAAACCUCCAACCUCUCGGCUGACUGCCCCCCGGGAAUUGAAUUAGAGGCCAAGUUUGCUUCCUUGUCUUCUGAUGGAGUAUCCGGCGCCAAGAGUGAAGCGACCAUUUUGUGUCCACCAGGCAGCGAGCUGGAAGCCAAGUUCAUAGCCGAGCCAGCCUCUACUACAGAAGAUGGACAGUUUCAACCAUCCCUGGUCGCUGAUGAUAUCCACACACAACAGACUAACAUUGCCCUUAACUGUCAGCCUGGUAAUAAACCAGAAGCUAUGUUUGCCUCUCAACUAGCCGAUCGCAACCCUGCUUUAGCCGAAGAUUUGAGCUCUUUACAGGCUCGCGAUAUCCGAGCUCGUUAUGCCUCGGUAGACGCGGACAUUGAACAAAAAUCAUAUCUAUCUAAGGACAUUGAAGAUUCUGGCGCCGAGGACCGCGUUGGUGACUACAUUCAAAAAGCCACCACCAAUAUCACCCCUCCUGCUCAGCAGUCGUCCGCUGCUAUCUAUCGUAUCCUGACCUAUGACACUUCCCUAUCGCAAGUCACCACAGCCGAGUCCGACUUGUUCUUUGGCGUGAACGAGUCUACUCCACUGGCCGAGGUCCUAUCCCGCCUGCAAAAUCCUGCCAAGUUUGUCCCAUACUUCGAACAAAUGCAGCAUGAUGGCUAUGAGAUUGCCACCGGUGGUGGUAACAUUCUUGUUUUCAGGAAAGUGGACGACUUUACCCCAUCAAACGCUCUAGAUCAGGGCCCUACUCCACAUACCAAUAUUUCCAAAUUUCUUCGCCAUGACUCGUAUCAGACUGGAGCUCCCUCUAGCUCCUCGAAACCAUCUUUCACCAAUCAGCCACCCCCAGCAUCUGGAUCAAACGGCAUCAGAGACCACACCAGUUUUCAUUCGGAAUCAACUGCCAGUAAGAUGUUACGCCGAACGAUAUUUACUGGCACGGCCACAGCAGCAUCUUUCUACGCCAUCGGAGUGGUUGUUGAGUACUUUCGUACCGGGGGGCAAGAUGGCUACGGCAUUGACGGUUUCACUGUCUUUGAAUCGGAGCGACGCCACCGGGAUUGA